ACACAAGUUGAUAACGGCAGGCGUGUCUCGUACAAUGCUUCCGCAGCUAACGGAGGAAUGGUAUCGCUCGUUUAGCAAUACCGUGGGGCGUAGUAUUUAAGGUCUCACCGCUCUACCACAUCCCUCUGGUCAUUUUGACGCUGCGGUUCGCUUCAGAGAAUGACGAUGAAAGUGUUGUCGAUGCUCGCAGGGGCCCUUGUGCUUUUCGCGCCGCUCGUUGUCGCCCAAGGUGGCGGUGGACAACAACUUUGCGACAAGCAGGGCAUAUCAGCCUGCUAUUGGAGAGUUGCCGACGACUAUGGGAUGGCUCCACUUGUAAGAAGUGCUGAACGAAAAGAUAGUUAUCUGGAAAGCUUAUGCAACGGCAAUCCACUCGGUUUCCCCGAGAUCAACCCUUGCAAGGAAGGUUUUUACGCCAGCUGCACAGACGCCGAAAAAAGGAAGUUCGCUCGCAUGGAGACCGGCUACGCUGUACUUCGUAAAGAAAUCACGUCUGCAGAAAGCUGCCAGUCUGUUCAACAACUUCGUGAAUGCAUGGACCUGAGUACCAUGAGCUCCUGUAUUUCCAAUCCAGAUUUUGAAGGUGGAACCUUCGAGGCUCAGGCGGAAGCAAUAGAGAGGGGGGCACAAAAUUUGAAGGCCUGCAUCGAUAAGGCGAUUAAACCCUGCGAUGCCAAGAAGAACGCAGCUGCCAUAGCGCAUUUGCAAAAGAUUGCUAACGCCAUUGUGGAUCUCACCUCGACAUCUGAUAAACCAAACGGUGCUCACACAACGAAGGCCGCUACGGCAGUCGUUGCAGUAUCCCUGCUGAGCUGGAUAGUUCGCUACUCCUAUUAACAGCUUUCGUGAGCGAUGCCAUCCCACAGUCAUCGACCGCGUGCCCUCUUUAUUAUUAUCAGCCAUUAAACAUUCUACAUGACAAACGUG